GAGAGGUUGUGUUAGGUAGAUUUUAGGUGUUUCAAGAAAUAGAGCAUACUAAAUGCUUGCUUGGAUUAUGUUUUCAUUAUAGCUUUUGAUAAAAGACAUAUGGUGACCUUUGGGGUCAGCAAAGCUAGGACACAAUAGCAGGUAUUCUUUCAUGCCUUUUAACUGAAAGAAUAUCACGGCUUGUUGUUUUGGAGUGCUGUCACUGCUCUGAAUCGAAAGGAUAAUGGCUACUUCCUGAUUAAACCCACUCUCCACAAUAUGGAUUCUGGAGAACGGUUGCCAUCCUCAACAGCCUCCUCUACCACACCAACUUCAUCUUCUACACCUUCUGUGGCUUCAGCAGUUUCUAAAGGUGGCCUUUCCACUGGAGCUGCUUCACUUAGCUCUACAAUCAACCCAUGUGGACAUUUAUUCAGAGCAGCUGGGGAUCAACCGUUUAACCUGUCCACAGUGUCGAGUGCCUUCCCAAUGGUCAGCCACCCAGUCUUUGGUCUACAUUCAGCCAGCUCAGGGCAUUCAGAAUUUGGUGGUUUGGGGACACUUGGUACACCCACAGCCUUAGCCGCACAUCCCCAACUAGCAUCUUUUCCAGGUGCAGAAUGGUGGCGAACAACAGAUGUUCAUACUCGUACAGGAACACCCUUCUUUCCACCAAUACUGGGAAUUCCACCACUGUUUGCUCCUCCAGCCCAGAAUCAUGAUUCUUCAUUCCAUUCAAGAACUUCAGGAAAAAGUAAUCGAAAUGGUCCUGAAAAAGGUGUAAAUGGGUCAAUUAAUGGAAACAGUACCUCAUCUGUGAUUGGUGUCAACACAUCUGUACUAUCCACUACUGCUUCAAGUUCCAUGGGACAGACUAAAAGUACAAGCUCAGGUGGAGGAAAUCGAAAAUGUAAUCAGGAACAAAGCAAAAGCCAGCCUUUGGAUUCUAGGGCUGACAAAAUCAAAGAUAAAAAACCAAGGAAGAAAACUAUAGAAAGUUCUAGCAACAGCGAUAGUGAUUCGGGCACAUCAUCUGACACCUCAAGUGAAGGCAUUAGUAGCAGUGACUCAGAUGAUCUAGAAGAAGAUGAAGAGGAAGAAGAUCAAAGUAUUGAAGAAAGUGAAGAUGAUGAUUCUGAUUCAGAAAGUGAAGCACAACAUAAAAGUAACAACCAGGUGCUAUUACAUGGUAUUUCAGACCCAAAAGCAGAUGGACAGAAAGCAACUGAAAAAGCCCAGGAAAAAAGAAUACACCAGCCAUUACCUCUUGUGUCUGAAUCCCAGACUCACUCAUCAUUCCAAUCCCAGCAGAAGCAGCCUCAGGUUUUGUCACAGCAGCUUCCAUUUAUUUUCCAAAGCUCUCAGGCAAAGGAGGAAUCUGUGAACAAACACACCAGUGUAAUACAGUCUACGGGAUUGGUGUCCAAUGUGAAACCUUUAUCUUUGGUAAAUCAAGCCAAAAAGGAAACUUACAUGAAACUUAUAGUUCCUUCUCCUGAUGUUCUUAAAGCAGGGAAUAAAAAUACCUCUGAAGAAUCUAGUUCUUUGACCAGUGAAUUGCGAUCUAAACGGGAACARCAUAAACAGACAUUCCCAUCACAGUUAAAGAAACAAGAGUCAUCUAAGAGCCUGAAGAAGGUUAUUGCAGCUUUGUCAAAUCCAAAAGCAACCUCUAGCUCACCAGCAUAUCCAAAACAAACAUUAGAAAACAACCACCCUAAUCCAUUCUUGACAAAUGCACUUUUAGGUAAUCACCAACCAAAUGGAGUUAUUCAAAGUGUCAUUCAAGAAGCUCCUCUAGCACUUACUACCAAAACUAAAAUACAGUGUAAGAUGAAUGAAAAUAUUGCUACUGCAAGUAGCAGCACGCCCUUUUCCUCACCUGUAAAUUUGAGUACAAGUGGGAGAAGAACCCCAGGCAAUCAGACACCUGUAAUUCCCUCCGCCUCUUCUAUAUUGCAUAAUCAAGGGAAGGAAAAAACAGUUAGCAAUAAUGUAAACACAUUAAAACCACAGCCUCUCUCUCAUCCUGCAAAAUCUUUGGUGGAACAAUUCAGAGGAACAGAUUCAGACAUUCCCAGUAGUAAAGAUUCUGAAGAUUCAAAUGAGGAUGAAGAGGAAGAUGAUGAGGAAGAAGAUGAGGAGGAUGAUGAAGAUGAUGACUCUGAUGACAGUCAAUCAGAAUCAGAUAGUAAUUCAGAAUCAGAUUCAGAAGGAUCAGAAGAAGAAGAUGAUGAUGAUAAAGACCAAGAUGAAUCAGAUAGCGAUACUGAAGGAGAGAAAACUUCACUGAAACUGAAUAAAACAACUUCCUCUGUCAAAAGCCCUUCCAUCAGUCUCACAGCUCACUCAACACCUCGUAACCUCCACAUAGGAAAAGCCCCAGGCUCUCCUCCUGCUGCCUUAUGUUCUGAAUCCCAGUCACCUGCUUUUCUUGGCACAUCUUCUUCCACACUUACUUCAAGUCCACACUCUGGCAAUUCUAAAAGAAGAAGAGUUACAGAUGAACGCGAACUGCGAAUUCCUUUGGAAUAUGGCUGGCAGAGAGAGACAAGAAUAAGAAACUUUGGAGGGCGCCUUCAAGGAGAAGUAGCAUAUUAUGCUCCAUGUGGAAAGAAACUUAGGCAGUACCCUGAAGUAAUAAAGUAUCUCAGCAGAAAUGGAAUAAUGGAUAUCUCAAGGGACAAUUUCAGCUUCAGUGCAAAAAUAAGAGUGGGUGACUUCUAUGAAGCCAGAGAUGGACCGCAGGGAAUGCAGUGGUGUCUUUUGAAAGAAGAGGAUGUCAUUCCUCGAAUCAGGGCAAUGGAAGGUCGUAGAGGAAGACCACCAAAUCCAGAUAGACAGCGAGCAAGAGAGGAAUCCAGGAUGAAACGUCGGAAGGGUCGACCUCCAAAUGUUGGCAGUGCAGAAUUCCUAGAUAACACAGAUGCCAAAUUGCUAAGAAAAUUGCAGGCUCAAGAAAUAGCCAGGCAAGCAGCACAAAUAAAGCUUUUGAGAAAACUUCAAAAGCAGGAACAGGCUCGGGUUGCUAAAGAAGCUAAAAAACAACAAGCAAUAAUGGCUGCUGAGGAGAAACGAAAGCAAAAAGAACAGAUAAAGAUUAUGAAACAACAGGAAAAAAUUAAGAGAAUACAGCAAAUCAGAAUGGAAAAAGAACUUCGAGCCCAGCAAAUUCUAGAGGCUAAAAAGAAAAAGAAGGAAGAAGCGGCAAAUGCCAAAUUAUUGGAGGCCGAGAAACGAAUAAAGGAAAAAGAAAUGAGAAGACAACAAGCUGUUCUUCUGAAGCAUCAGGAGUUGGAGAGGCAUAGACUAGAUAUGGAACGUGAGCGAAGACGACAACAUAUGAUGCUUAUGAAAGCUAUGGAAGCUCGUAAAAAAGCAGAAGAAAAAGAACGGUUGAAGCAAGAAAAACGUGAUGAGAAAAGAUUAAAUAAAGAACGUAAACUAGAGCAACGAAGAUUAGAAUUAGAAAUGGCCAAGGAACUAAAGAAGCCUAAUGAAGAUAUGUGCUUAGCAGAUCAAAAGCCUUUGCCAGAGUUGCCUCGUAUUCCAGGACUUGUUCUCUCUGGAAGUACAUUUUCAGACUGUCUCAUGGUGGUACAGUUCUUACGAAACUUUGGUAAAGUUUUGGGCUUUGAUGUGAAUAUUGAUGUUCCAAACCUGAGUGUUCUUCAAGAGGGAUUACUAAAUAUAGGGGACAGCAUGGGUGAAGUACAAGACUUGCUUGUGAGGCUCCUCUCGGCUGCUGUAUGUGAUCCAGGUCUAAUUACAGGAUACAAGGCUAAAACAGCUCUUGGAGAGCAUUUGCUGAAUGUUGGUGUGAAUAGAGACAAUGUGUCCGAGAUUUUGCAGAUUUUUAUGGAAGCCCACUGUGGGCAAACUGAGCUCACUGAAAGUCUGAAGACCAAAGCUUUUCAGGCUCACACUCCAGCACAGAAAGCCUCAAUCCUUGCUUUCCUGAUCAAUGAACUGGCAUGCAGCAAGAGUGUAGUGAGUGAAAUUGACAAGAACAUUGACUAUAUGUCAAACUUAAGGAGAGAUAAGUGGGUAGUAGAAGGUAAACUCCGCAAGCUCAGAAUAAUUCAUGCUAAGAAAACAGGCAAAAGAGACACUUCAGGUGGCAUUGAUCUUGGAGAAGAUCAACAUCCUUUGGGUACACCUACUCCGGGACGCAAGCGAAGAAGGAAGGGAGGAGACAGUGAUUUUGAUGAUGAUGAUGAUGAUGAUAGUGAUGACCAAGCUGAUGAGGAUGAUGAAGAUGAAGAAGAUAAAGAUGAUAAAAAAGGAAAGAAGACUGAUACCUGUGAAGACGAGGAUGAAGGUGACCAAGCAGCAAGUGUUGAAGAGCUAGAAAAACAGAUUGAAAAACUGAGUAAACAACAAAGUCAGUACAGAAGGAAGCUCUUCGAUGCUUCUCAUUCAUUACGUUCGAUGAUGUUCGGCCAGGAUCGUUACAGACGCAGAUACUGGAUUCUUCCCCAGUGUGGGGGGAUUUUUGUAGAAGGCAUGGAAAGUGGUGAAGGACUAGAAGAAAUUGCAAAAGAAAGAGAAAAACUUAAAAAGGCAGAAAGUAUCCAAAUCAAAGAAGAAAUGUUUGAGACUUCUGGGGAUACUUUAAAUUGUUCAAAUACAGAUCACUGUGAGCAAAAGGAAGAUCUUAAAGAAAAAGAUAACACAAAUCUGUUUCUUCAGAAACCUGGCUCUUUUUCCAAAUUAAGCAAGCUUUUGGAAGUAGCUAAGAUGCCUCCUGAGUCAGACAUUGUGACCUCCAAACCAAAUGUUAGUGCAAAUGGGUGCACACUGUCUUAUCAAAAUAGUGGAAAACAUUCAGUGAGCAGCAUUCCAUCAACAGCAUCACAAAGCAACAUGGAGAAGACAGACUCUAAUCUGUUUAACACUGGUUCAGGUGGUCCAGGGAAAUUCUAUAGUCCUCUACCCAAUGACCAAUUGUUAAAAACACUGACUGAAAAGAAUAGACAAUGGUUUAGCCUUUUGCCAAGAACGCCUUGUGAUGAUACUUCACUUACCCAUGCCGAUACGUCAACUUCUUUAGUGACUCCUCAGUCUCAGCCACCAUCCAAGUCACCUUCACCUGCCCCAGCUCCUCUUCUUGGAUCAUCUUCUCAGAAUCCUGUUGGCCUAAAUCCAUUUGCUGUUUCACCUCUUCAGAUGAAAAGUGGAGUGUCUAUGAUGGGACUUCAGUUUUGUGGGUGGUCCACUGGUGUGCUUACUUCCAAUAUUCCAUUUACAUCACCUUUACCUACUCUGGGAUCAGGGUUGGGAUUAUCUGAAGGAAAUGGUAAUUCAUUCUUGACUUCCAAUGUUGCUUCAAGUAAAAGUGAAUCUCCAGUACCUCAGAAUGAAAAGGUCUCAUCAACUCAACCUGCAGCUGUUGAAGUAGCAAAACCAGUAGAUUUUCCUAGUCCAAAACCUAUUCCAGAAGAAAUGCAGUUUGGUUGGUGGAGGAUUAUUGACCCGGAGGACCUGAAAACUUUGCUCAAGGUGCUACAUCUCAGAGGAAUCAGAGAAAAGGCAUUACAAAAACAAAUUCAGAAACACUUGGAUUAUAUUACUCAAGCAUGUAUCAAGAACAAGGAUGUUGCUAUUAUUGAAUUAAAUGAAAAUGAAGAAAGCCAGGUAACACGAGAUAUUGUGGAAAACUGGUCAGUAGAAGAACAAGCAAUGGAAAUGGACUUGAGUAUCCUUCAACAGGUAGAAGAUCUAGAAAGGAGAGUUGCAUCAGCAAGUUUGCAAGUGAAGGGUUGGAUGUGUCCAGAGCCUGCAUCAGAAAGGGAGGACUUGGUAUAUUUUGAACAUAAAUCAUUUACUAAAUUGUGCAAGGAGCAUGAUGGAGAACUUACUGGAGAAGAAGAAAACAGUGUAAAUGCACUAGAACGGAAGAGUGACAACCCCCUAGAUAUAGCUGUAACCAGGCUGGCUGAUUUGGAGCGGAACAUUGAAAGAAGAAUUGAAGAGGAUAUUGCUCCAGGGCUCAGGGUAUGGAGAAGGGCAUUAUCAGAAGCUCGCAGUGCUGCACAGGUAGCACUGUGCAUUCAGCAAUUACAGAAAUCAAUAGCAUGGGAAAAAUCAAUUAUGAAAGUUUACUGCCAAAUAUGUCGAAAAGGAGAUAAUGAAGAACUACUUCUCCUUUGUGAUGGCUGUGACAAAGGCUGUCAUACCUACUGCCAUAGACCCAAGAUUACAACUAUACCMGAUGGGGACUGGUUCUGUCCAGCUUGCAUUGCUAAGGCAAGUGGUCAAACUAUAAAAAUCAAAAAACUUAACGUCAAAGGAAAAAAGUCUAAUGAAUCGAAGAAAGGCAAGAAAGUAACUUUAACAGGGGAUACUGAAGAUGAAGACUCUGCAUCUACAAGUAGUUCACUAAAAAGAGGAAACAAAGACCUCAAAAAAAGAAAAAUGGAGGAAAAUACUUCUAUUAACUUAUCAAAACAAGAAAGUUUUUCUUCUGUUAAGAAACCCAAAAGAGAUGAUUCUAAGGACCUAGCUCUUUGCAGUAUGAUCCUGACUGAAAUGGAAACUCAUGAGGAUGCUUGGCCUUUCCUACUUCCUGUAAACUUGAAACUUGUACCUGGUUAUAAGAAAGUUAUUAAGAAACCUAUGGACUUUUCUACAAUUAGAGAGAAACUGAGUAACGGACAGUAUCCAAACCUUGAAACCUUUGCUGUAGAUGUCAGGCUUGUUUUUGACAACUGUGAAACAUUUAAUGAAGAUGAUUCUGAUAUAGGCAGAGCUGGCCACAAUAUGAGGAAAUAUUUUGAAAAAAAAUGGACAGAUACUUUCAAAGUGAGCUGAAGUUAUAAUACUCUCUUUAUUUUUUUUUCCUUUUAAACAAAGACAAAUGAGACCAGCAAUGUGAACUGUAUUUACAUAAAUGUGCAAGGCACAUACAAAAUGACUUUUUUUUUCCUUAAAAUAAGUAUCAGAAAAUAUCAGAAGAUAUACCAUUUUUAAAGGCUUCACUCCUAUGACAACCAAAACCUUUGGUUAUUGGUUUGUGUGAUUUAUCAGCUAAUGUAGGUAGAACAGGGAAGCACACCCAAAGAAUUUUCAAAGGAAAGGGUGUUAUAGUGCAAUAGCAGUUAAAAUAUAUCAAAUCGCACUGAAUAUUCAACACCAGAGCUCUAAUGUGGGAAAUGGUUCUCCUUUCCCUCUCAAUAAAUAUCUAUUUUUCAUUUUUUUACUUUGUAGUUUAUUUUUUAGUGAAUGUAUUUAAUUUUAUGAAUUAUUUAUGAUUAUACCACAUCCAGAAUCUUCGUUUUCUGUGAAAAGGAAGAACUAGAAAAUUGCUUUAAAUCUUGAAAAUACAACAAGGAAUGUUUUAAAAUAUAAAACAAAGCCAAGUUAAACUGUUUACACUGAUGUGCUAUAAAAGCACCAAAAAUAAACUUUACUGUAGAGUUACAAGUACAUUUAUAUAUAUAUACAUAUAUAUAUAUAUAUAUGUUGCUGCAUCACUUGUGUAGUUAAAUUGUAUUUCAAGACAGUGAAAAAUAUUGACAUGUAUAUACUGUUCAUUAUUGUUUAUAUUAAGUCUUGUUUUAAAUAUGUAUUAUGUGUAUAUAUUGUUUGCAGACAUUAUUGUUUAUGCCUUAGAAGGACUGUAGCAUCUUAUUUUAGUCUGAAGGUGAUGAUAGCUAUACAGCUUGUACAGUAAUUAUCCUCUACCAACACUGUGGCGUCUCCCUAAUCUUGGUAGUGCCUGCCUUUGAAACAGGGUGUAGGGGAUAUUAGUUUUCCAUUUUUCUAUUUUGUUAUAUAAUUUUAAGCCACCAGGGCCUAAAUUAAAGUAUAAUCAUUUGUAUCCAUGUGGAAUAAAAUCGUGACAAUUUCCUACACACACAGUAUUUUUUCAUAGAGACAUUUCCCUCCCAUUUGCCUUGCCUCAGAAAUAAAUUUAAAAGACAUUUGUAACCACUGUGUUUUAUCUACUGUGUGUUGUGGUGGCCUGUUGGAGGCAAAUAGAUCAGAAUUUUUUUUGUACUUAUGUAAGAGUACUUGAAGUUUUAUUUAAAAUAAAAUGUUGUGGAAAAGG